GCUGUGAUUUGUAAUUGCACCAUCUCCCCCCCACGAUGCCGUCCACGGCCCAGAACACGCUGCCCCUGCCGUAUGCGCAGGUGGCGGCACAGCCAAGGCGAGAGCAGAGACAGCCCACACGAACAUCCAAGCUCGGCAGCAAGCUCAAGGUCCUCCCGACCCAGCCAGAGACCCCCACCAUCCCAGAGGAGGAAGAGGACGACGAUGGGACAGGCCGCGCACUUGCCGAUCACGACGAGUCUGAAGGCGUCGAGUUCUACACGCCCAUCUCCCAGAUCCCAAAGGGCACAGCCCGUCGAGACGCCCAGCGUCUCACCAAGUCCGAAAAAGCCAAGCUCCCGCGGGUGACAGCGUACUGUACCGCAGCCACGUACAACCUGCAGGCGAUGCAAGCCUACCUCGCCUCCCGCCCGGCAUACCACCGCACCCACCCGCGCAUGUUCGACACCGAAUGUCUACACACGCCAUACCUGCCCCCUCCCACCCUGGGCCCGCACGGCAUGUCAGCCCAUAGAAAUUCUCCGAGGCUGAAACCUGUCUCUGGAGCUGGUCAUGUACCAGAAGGGGAUUUGCUCAAUUUAGGGAAUGACUAUUCAUCAACGGCUCAUAAACGUGCCAGCUCGCCAAGCCGAUCUAACCAGAACCAAAACCAAAACGAGGUAAAGCGCCAACCGGGGUUCUCUAAACGACCCGGUAGCGGGCGCAAGAAAUCCUCUUCUGGGUCAACGUCCAAAGACACCGGCGCGGAUGGGAUGACGGAUAGUGAGAGGGAAGAGGAUGAUGACUUUGAAGACGAAUGGAUCCCGGACGUGUUCCUGUUCGAGUAUGGGUGCGUCGUGCUUUGGGGAAUGACGGAAAGGGAGGAGAAAAAGUUCUUGGCUAGCAUAAAGAGGUUUGAAAUUGAGAGAUUAUCAGCCGAAGACGUCGAGAUGGAGGACCUCAAUUUUUACUAUGCCGAUUACUCUCGUAUAUACAACGACGUAAUCACGUUGCGUAAAGGAUCUUCCUACAUGACAAAACUCUCCCUUUCACAUGCGCUCUCCCAAUCCGUCAAGAUAUCACUAUUCGAAGAACUCAUCAUGGGUACGAUCGAGCAAACGAAAGAUAUCCCCAAGAGCCUUUCCGAAACUGGAAAAAUUGGCUUGCCAAGAAGUGAGAUUAUGAAGCAGAUCGGAAACCUUUUCAUUCUGCGUAUCAAUAUCAACCUCGUCGGGUCUAUCCUCGAUUCUCCCGAAUUCUUCUGGACAUUCCCCGACCUCGAACCACUCUACAACGCCGCCCGGUCAUACCUCGAAAUCGGCCAACGUGUCGAACUCUUAAACGCCCGUGUAGAUGUUUUGCAGGAUAUGCUCAAGUUGUUGAAGGAGAGUGUGAAUUCGAGUCAUGGAGAGAGGUUGGAGGCUAUUGUCAUUUUCUUAAUUGGAAUUGAGAUUGUCCUCGGUAUCAUCACCAUUCUUGUCGAUCUCAGUUUCUCGUAGAAAUCCCGACGACUCAAAAAAUCGACAUCGAGUCGAAACUGAGUCGAGAUCAAGAUUGCGUCAAGAAGCCCAGAUCUGUAACAAAUGAAAAGGUUUGAGCAAGGACGGACAGCUAGGGAAGGGGCAGUGUAAAUGCAGUUAAAUAGAUGCUGAUACAGCGAAGC